UUUUCUUCUCUCCAUGACUCCAUCCUCUUCUUCAUCCCCCGCGUCUUCUGCUGCACGGCCGACUGGUGCCGCCCUUAGCAAGAGGCCGUCAUCGAAUUCGUCGUUUCGGCUUCGGUGCGCCAGCCUAAACUCCCUCCGCCUCCGCCGCAUCUUCGACGUGUUCGACAAAAACCAAGACGGGCUCAUCAGCGUCCCCGAGAUCGGCCAAGCCCUCGCUCUCCUCGGCCUUGAUGUCGAAAUCUCCGACCUCCAUUCCACGAUCAAAUCCUUCAUCCAACCCUCCAACGACGGCCUCAACUUCGACGACUUCCUCUCCCUCCACCAGUCCCUCUCCGACACCUACUUCGCCUACGACGACGAAGAAGAGUCUGUCAUUGCUUCUGCGGCAGAAUGCGAAGGAAAGAGGAAGAUGUCCCAGGAGGAGUUGGAUCUUUCAGAGGCGUUCAAGGUGUUUGACGAGGACGGAGAUGGGUUCAUCUCCGCCAAGGAGUUGCAGGUGGUGCUUGCCAAGCUAGGGUUCCAGGAAGGCAAUGAGAUUGAUAGAGUUCAGCAGAUGAUAACCUCCGUUGACCGUAACCACGAUGGCCUCGUUGACUUGUUCGAGUUCAAGGACAUGAUGCGCACCACUGUUCUUGUUCCCUCCUCGUAAAUUCAUGAUCAAAUGUGAUUCGAACCACCGACGGUAUAUAUCUGCACAUGCAUGCAUGCUUAAUUAUGGACCCUACGUACUUACGUGGCUCGAUCAUGUCUAGAUCAUAUUGCCUUUGAUUGAUAAUGAUAAAGCUUUGGUUGUGUUUA